AUUGGUUGUGGUGAUUGCCAAUUAGCGGGGUGGCAUCCCCGCCUCCAAGUGCCGCGCAUGUGCAGAUGUGACGGAAAGUGCGCGUAGGGCCGUGUGCGCAGGGAAACGCGCAUGCGCAGUAUGGCGCUCGGCCCGGGGCCCUGAGGUAAGCGGCGGGGCUGCGUGGGGGUUCGUGCUGCCGCCUCCGCUCGGGUCGAUGCGGGACAGCGCCUCUGGUUCUCUUGCAGCUGCAGCCUCAGCGACGGAAGAAAAAAAUCACCUUCUAGUGCCACCAAGCAGACACGCUUACUUGCAGAUGUAAGCUUCCGCGUUGGUUUCCCCAUCUGUGCUUUAACUUCCAUCGCAGAGAAGCUCCUUUCUGUAUGAGCGUUCCGAACUCGUUCGCCUUCGCGUUCGUUCUGGCGGCACGCAGCGCAGCCCUAUGGAGGACGCAGCGGCUGUCCCUGAGCCGGGGGCCCUCGCCGUGGGCAGCCGGGAAGAGGAGCUCCUUGCAGCUGGUGCCGCUCACCGAGGCGGAGCUGAAGGAGCAGUUUGUGAGGGGCGAUGGCCCAGGAGGGCAGGCCACUAACAAGACCAGCAACUGUGUUGUCCUGAAGCACGUUCCGUCAGGGAUUGUGGUGAAGUGCCAUCAAACAAGAUCAGUGGAGAAGAACCGAAAGAUAGCCAGAGAAAUCCUGCAGGAAAAGGUUGACCUCUUCUACAAGGGUGAAGAAAGUGAUGUUUAUAAAGAGAAGAAGGCAUCAGAGAAGAAGAAGCAGGAGAAAAAAAGAAGAGCAAAAGAAAACCUAGAACGGAAAAAGCAGUUUAAAGAGAUGCUACAAUUGGACAGGAAAUAAACAUGAAAUACUGACUGGCUCUGCAGAACCCUCACAGGCUGCUAACUGCGUUCUGACCUUCGAUAACAAAGGCAAACAGCUUCAAGAAGCCAAGCUGUCUGUGUAUUUUGAAAGCAAGGUAGACUACUAGCAACAAUACCAUCCUCUGACAGAAGUCGACUGCAGCAGGACUGUACCUUCAAUGAAAACAGACCAACAGUUUGCAGGCCUGUUCCCUUCUUCCUGAAUGUGAGCCUCCUGCAUGAAGGUUAAAUCUUUGCUUUUCAUACCAGAUGUGUGAAUCUGAACAAAGUGACUGUAGAUACUUUUAAUACAAACUGUUAAUGAAAAUAAGCUUUAUUACAUCAAGUAAUAAAUACAUAAAAAGAUGCAAAUAAGUUUUAGUAAUUUAUCCAGAAUUUUCUUUUUUUUUUUUUUUUGCAAACUUAAAACUGAAAUCUCCAGCCUUAAUGUAGAAAUUAGCUUUCCAGAACCUUGUUAUUAUUUAAUAGGCUUCCCUAUUUUCCAUAUAAUUCAUGCACUUUAAAAGGACUUCAAAGCACUAUUAGUCAUGCAAGUGUUUAUGCAAAAUGAACAAAAAAGGAAAAGUAAGAGGAGAAGGUUAUUAUUUUUAAGCAGGGUCUAUGCUGUAUGGCAAAUUGUGGCAUAGCAGACUACUAAGUACAGCAUGCUAUUCUGCAUUUAUUUAAUAAAAAAAAAAAGUCCUUACAGCUUAUGUCAAACUUUGAAAGA